GUGCUGAGUUCGAAUGGAGUAGAUUUGCUUAAUUUGGAUCUGAAAUUUCCAUUGCAUCCACAGAGGUUCGACUUCCCUCUGGAGACACUGCUUGGUCUAGAAUGUUCGAUACGGAACCUCACCACUCAGAUUCUCCUCUUCUCUACAUCUGUUUCGUGUGUUUUACGACUCUGGAGCUUAUCAUUGGUCUCGUUUCAACUUCAUUGGAGUUUCUGUGCAUUAAAGCUCCAACACAGAGCUGAGAUUACACUUAUCAGGCCCAGUUUCAACACAGUAAACUAUCUGUUUAUGGUGCCAUCAGAGCCGCCUAAUCCAGUUGGCGGUGGCGAAAGUGUUCCGCCGUCUCUUUUAGGAGGCCAAGGAGGAGCUCCUCUUCCUUCGCAACCGGCAUUUCCUUCACUUGUUUCUCCGCGGACUCAGUUCGGUAACAACAUGUCUAUGAGUAUGCUUGGGAACGCGCCAAACAUAUCUUCCUUACUCAACAACCAGUCUUUUGUAAAUGGCAUCCCCGGCUCAAUGAUCUCCAUGGACUCCAGUGGAGGGGCUGAGUCUGACCUCGGGUUUAGCGGCUUGUCGUCUUUUAAUGCCCCGAGUAUGGUGUCUCCUCGCUCAUCGGGUCAAGUUCAGGUUCAGGGUCAGCAAUUCUCGAACCAACAACUCCUGAAAUCAAUGCCUCAACAGCGUCCUCAAUUACCACAGCAGUUCCAACAGCAGAGUUUACCUCUGAGGCCACCUCUGAAACCAGUGUAUGAACCGGGCAUGGGUGCUCAGCGUCUUACACAGUAUAUGUACCGACAACAACAUAGGCCUGAAGACAAUAACAUCGAGUUCUGGAGAAAAUUUGUAGCUGAGUACUUUGCUCCUAAUGCUAAAAAGAGAUGGUGCGUUUCUAUGUAUGGCAGUGGCCGGCAAACAACUGGCGUUUUCCCUCAGGAUGUGUGGCACUGUGAGAUAUGUAACCGAAAGCCUGGACGUGGAUUUGAGGCAACCGCCGAAGUCCUCCCCCGGCUUUUUAAGAUAAAGUACGAAAGUGGUACUUUGGAAGAACUUUUAUACGUCGAUAUGCCAAGGGAAUCUCAAAACUCGUCUGGUCAAAUCGUCUUGGAGUAUGCAAAAGCUACACAAGAGAGUGUAUUCGAGCAUCUUCGAGUUGUUCGUGAUGGCCAACUUCGAAUCGUUUUCUCUCCAGAUCUUAAGAUAUAUUCUUGGGAAUUUUGUGCUCGGCGGCAUGAAGAACUUAUUCCACGAAGGCUUUUGAUACCACAGGUUAGUCAGCUUGGAUCGGCAGCUCAGAAGUAUCAACAAGCCGCUCAAAAUGCAACAACAGAUUCUGCUCUCCCGGAAUUACAGAAUAAUUGCAACAUGUUUGUUGCAUCUGCUAGACAGUUGGCAAAAGCCCUGGAAGUACCACUCGUGAAUGAUUUGGGAUACACGAAGAGAUAUGUUCGGUGUUUACAGAUUUCGGAGGUGGUAAAUAGUAUGAAAGACUUGAUAGAUUAUAGCAGAGAAACAAGAACAGGACCAAUCGAGAGUUUGGCCAAGUUUCCUCGGAGAACAGGCCCUUCAUCUGCAUUACCUGGUCCUUCUCCUCAGCAACCCAAUGAUCAGCUAAGGCAGCAACAGCAGCAACAGCAGCAAACAGUUGCUCAGAAUACAAACAACGAUCAGAGUUCCGGGCAAAGUUCAGUAAUGCAGAUUAAUAAUCCAAACAACGGCGUAAACUAUGCAUUUAACACAGCUUCUGCUUCAACCUCCACAAGCAGCAUCGCCGGACUAAUCCACCAGAAUUCAAUGAAGCAAAGGCAUCAGAAUGCUUCUUACAAUCCUCCGAACAGUCCCUACGGUGGAAACUCAGUUCAGAUGCCGUCACCUAGCUCCUCCGGUACAAUGGCGCCAUCAUCCCAGCAACAACAACAACACAACCUGCCAUCGUUUCAGUCUCCAACUUCCUCAUCUAACAACAACAAUAACCCUUCUCAAAACGGGAUAUCAUCUGCUAAUCAACAGGCUGCGGCGGCGGCUGAGGCUGAAGCGAGCGAGUCUAGCUCGGUGCAGAAGAUACUUAACGAGAUCCUGAUGAACAACCAAGCUCAUAAUAGCUCAGGAGGAAGCAUGGUUGGUGGGUCUUUCGGGAACGAUGGGAAAGGGGGUAAUAAUGUAAAUAGCUCUGGUGCUCUGAUGAUGAAUGGUCAAAACAGCAACACAAGUAUUGGAGGUGCUGGUGGGUUUGGUGGCGGCGGGAUGGGUCAGUCGAUGGCGGCUAACGGAAUGAAUAUUAACGGGAACAAUGGUCUUAUGAACGGAAGAGUUGGGAUGAUGGUCAGGGAUCCGAAUGUUCAACAGGAUCUUGGAAACCAACUCUUGGGAGCAGUCAAUAGUUUCAACAACAAUUAUCAGUGUGAUUGGAAUGGAUGAUGAAGAAGAAAAAGAAGAAGAAGAAAAGAUGAGUUUGAAAAUGGGUAAUGUUCUCUCUUGCUUGGGGAAGCAUUUACAAAAACUCAGGAUAAGGAUUUAGGCCAUAAGCAGCUACGUGAUACCGUGCUUAAGAAAGGAAAGAGUUAAAAAAUCUUUGUACAAGAAAUGGUUUCUUCUAGGUCAACUUCCUCCACAAUCACAAAUACCAUCUCUUCUUGUGUUGCUGUUUUCCUUUUUAUUUUUCUUUUUUAAAAUCUUGGGGAGUUUUUUUUUUUUAAUGCUUUUUAUAGUUUAUAAUGUACAUCUUUCUAUGGGGUGUUACAUCAUCAGGGAAGCAAUGAAUCAGGUUCUGUAUCUUUCGUUUAUCUUGUCUUUGAUGUGUUACCGAAACUAUCCUUAAUUCUGACAACGUUGAUUACGUAAUGUCUUCUCUCACGUCUUUCGCU